AUGCCAAAGGACACGGCGCGGUCCGCCAGAGCGCUUGGCGCACCUGAUCGCCAGAACGCUGUUCGCCAGGGCGUUCAAGUGGAGAAGCCCGCAUCGAUGGAGCAAGGGCCCUCCCGGGAUUUGACGCUGGAGGGCGAGAGCGACCUCAGGCAGUUCCUGAAGGUUGCCAACCCCGUCUGGUCGAUCUCGAGGAGGGGUUACGGCAACGACGUCGGCAAGGUCGUCGCGAAGCUCAAGUGCAUCGGCGUGACCGACGCCAGAGAACUGCUGAGCAGAGUGGCCGCCGACACGAUCAACGGGGACCUGAAGGACGCAGGCUUCACGCGCUUCAGCCAGGACACGCUCGCGAGCAUCCGGAAGCAGGGCUCCUUCGUCCGGGCCGUGCAGACCCUGACGGAGGCCAGCUUCCGGCAGGCCGGGGACUUUGCCACGGUGCCGCGCCUGCUGUCGAACCGCAGGGCCCCUGGGCCCAGCAGGGACGGCGCCAGGAGCUCAGGCGGCACCGUGUCCCGCGCCGGCCGCGCCACGGGCACCUCCCCGCGCAGGCCUGGGCUGCCGAGCCGGGGCCACGAGGCG